ACUGGUGAGACGUUUCUCAUUGCUGCAGCCCGCACGAAUAAUGUGCAUGCGGUCAAAUGUCUUGCUGUCGAUCAGGAUGUUGUGGAUGAAACAGACAAUGAGGGAUGGUCCGCCUUACUAAAUGCCGCUCAUAAAGGUCACCUUGAUGUCGUUAAGACUCUUCUGGAAGCAGGAGCUUCAGUUGAUCUACCGGAUAUGAUGGGAUGGAGUCCAUUAAUGUGGGCAGUUUACAAGUGUCAUCCCGAAGUCGUUGACCUCCUUCUGAACUAUGGCGCUCACGUGAAUCUAAUUGAUGAGGAGGACGGGUUGACCCCGCUUAUAGUAGCUUCCGGCCGUGGUUUUACUCCCAUUGUUGAAAAACUUCUAGCGGCAGAUGCUCAGGUCAACGCGUGUGAUAAAUUUGGCAGCACUGCUUUGAUAUGGGCUGCCAGAAAAGGCCAUCUUCCUAUUGUACAGAUGCUUUUAAAUGCGGGUGCUGAAGUCGAUGCUGUUGGAAUGGGUUCUUCAACGGCCCUCAUGUUGGCAACAAAGGGGAAUUAUCUCGCCGUUGUAGAUCUGUUACUAACUCGAGAACCUAACGUAAAUGUUGUGGAUCAGAAUGGUCUCUCAGCGCUAGGCAUAGCUGCGCGGGAAGGAUAUGCAGAUAUUUGUGAAUCUCUUAUCAAUUCGGGUGCAUUCGUAAAUCAGAGCGAUAAGUAUGGAAACUGGAUUUUACUCAGUGCUGUGCGUAGCGGAAACGCAAAUAUUGUUCGACUUCUCCUCGAAAAGUUUGCAGAUGUGAACGCAAAAGAUUCAGAAAAUAGAACAGCUCUUCAUCUAGCCAUUGACAAGUCAUUCAUGGACAUAGUAUAUAUCAUUCUGGAGAGAAAGCCCAAUCUCGAGUUGAAGAACAGAGAUGGCGAAACCCCUCUUCUUCGUGCUGUAAAAAGUCGUCAUGUGGCGCUUUGCGAUCUUCUAGUGAAAUCGGGUGCUAAAAUUUCUGCUGCAGAUAAUAACGGUGACAACGCUCUUCAUCUAGCGUUAAGAGCUAGAAGCAGAAGACUUACGCAGACAUUAUUAGGUUAG